CUUGACCUGGGCAGGAUAGCCCCUUGCUUCUGUUCCUGAGACGUGUGCCAAGAUUCCGCUGCACUGACUGCCAACUGCCUUCUGCCUAGGCUUUGGGCUGUUUUCCGGAUAUCUGCAUAAGCAAGCCCUUGUCACGCUACCCUUUCCUACCUGUACCCUCUUGUUUCUGUUCUUGCUACUACACUUGUGUGCCUUUUUCUCCCUUCCCAUUUCCUCUCCUGUGUGCACAAUGCAUAAAGGCUGGAAAAAAUACGGCGGCCAGAAGUCUCUGAGUGAGGCAUCAAUGGAUGAAUACUUAGGACGCUUAGGGCUGUUUCGAAAGCUGACUGCCAAGGAUGCCUCUUGUCUUUUUCGGGCUAUUUCGGAGCAGAUGUUUUACAGCCAGGUACAUCAUUUGGAAAUCAGAAAGACUUGUGUCUCAUAUAUGAGGGAAAAUCAAAAAGAUUUUGAAUCUUAUGUAGAGGGAUCUUUUGAGAAAUACCUGGAACGAUUGGGAGAUCCCAAGGAAAGUGCUGGUCACCUGGAAAUACGAGCUCUUUCUCUCAUUUAUAAUCGAGAUUUCAUUCUUUAUCGCUAUCCUGGAAAGCCUCCAAUUUGUGUCACAGAUAAUGGCUAUAAAGAUAAGAUUCUACUCUGCUAUUCAAGUAAUGGUCAUUAUGAUUCAGUAUACUCGAAACAAUUUCAGUCAAGUGCUGCUAUUUGUCAGGCUGUGUUGUAUGAAAUUCUCUAUAAAGAUGUAUUUGUUGUGGAUGAAGGCGAGUUGAAUACUGCAGUUGAACUGUUUCGAAGUGGUUCCAAGAAGAACAGAAACAAUGCAGCCACUGCCAGUGAAGAUUCCCAUAUUAACUCGGGCAAGAAUCCAACUCAGGAUAGGAGUGAAGAAUGGGAUGCCAGGAGCAACACUGAAAAUGCGCCAGAGGGAUACAGUGAAGGAACAGAAGCAGCAAAGUCUACAGAAAACCCAUCAAAGAUGCUCUUCCCAUAUAAGGUGCUGAAGUCCCUGGACCCAGAAAUCUAUCGUAACGUAGAAUUUGAUGUUUGGUUGGACAGCAGAAAAGAACUUCAAAAAUCUGACUACAUGGAGUAUGCUGGAAGGCAGUACUAUUUGGGAGACAAGUGUCAGGUUCGCUUGGAAUCAAAUGGAAGAUACUAUAAUGCACAUAUUCAGGAGGUUGGAAAUGAUAACAAUUCAGUAACAGUCUUCAUUGAAGAACUUGCAGAAAUGCAUAUUGUUCCACUGAGUAACUUAAAGCCAGUUACCCAAGUGACACCUGUUCCUUCCUGGAAUGCCAGUCGGAGAGGAAGAGGUUAUCAGAAAAUGCCUGGGAGCUAUGUCUCAAAUAUGGCUAUGUCAGAGAUGGACAUGAAACAACGGAAGAAGAUGUUCAAAAAAGUAAGAGGCAAAGAGGUUUAUAUGGCUAUGGCUUAUAGCAGAGGAGACCCCUUCAUCCCUCCCAGGCUUCAGCACAAUAUGCAUUAUGGGCAUAGCCCUCCAGUGCACUAUUCAUCAGCAGCUGCUGGCAGUGUUAUACCUAAUGAACAUUUUCAUCCUCAAUAUUCAUCUCAGAGACAAGGUCCAGGUUAUAUAGUUCCCAGGGAAUCUCGCUUCAUAAAUAGGAACAAUGUAGUAGUUCCUAAAGUGGGUUUUCACCCUGGCCCAGGAAAAAGAUGCUGCCAGAAUUAUGAUAACUUCUAUAGAUCUCGCUCAUUUAGACGUAGUCACCGCCAGAUGCAUUGCAUGAAUAAGGAAUGCCAGUAUAGUUAUGCCCCAGGGAAUGGACAGAUGCCCAGGGGUUUGGAAGAAACAUUUACUUUCUAUGAAGUUGAAGAAGGUGAUGAGACUGCUUAUCCACCUUUGCCUAGUCAUGAAGUGUCCUCUACAGUGGUUCCUGCUACUUCUAGAUACCAUGUUUCCAGACGAGGACAUAGCUUAAGCAAACAAACUUUGAAUUCAGAGGGUGAUGGCCAGAGUGAUAAUGAUGGCUAUCAUAAAGAGUUUAUCCUUCGGACUAAAAAUGACUAUAAAACUUCAGAUAUUUAUACUGCUUGUGAAUCUACAGCAAACUUGUCUCUUCAGGACAGAGGAAGACCACAUUGUGUGCCCCAUCAAGAUACACAUACCUCAUGUGACUACCCAGAGAAGGUGAUGGUGAACUCUGCGGCAGUUGCAGCUUCCUGUGCCGAUAAUGUUCCAGCUCAAGACUUUUCUAAUUGUUCAGUAGUAGCUAAUCAAGCUAGUAGUAUCACUUCUGUUUCCUCACAGACUGCUGUGCAGCCUCUAUUUGUAUCUGCAGCUACUCAAGGCAGAGCAGUGGUUGCUUCACCACCAUAUCCUUAUCUCUCUGCUCCUAUUAAUGGUGCUGCAUCCUCUUUACCACCACCACCUCCACCCCCUCCACCUCCACCACUUCCACUUGCACCUCCACCUCCUCUUCCUGCUGAGGUGGAAGAGGCAUCAAAUAUACCACCACCACCACUUCCACCUCCACCUCCACCUUAUUCCUGUGAUCCAAGUGGCAAUGAUCUGCCUCAAGAUACAAAAGUUUUGCAGUAUUAUUUCAAUCUGGGGUUGCAGUGCUAUCACCACAACUACUGGAACUCAAUGGUCUAUGUGCCACAGAUGCAACCGCAGCAGCUUCAUGUAGAGAAUUAUCCAGUCUAUACUGAACAACCUCCAAUAGAUAAUACUGUUCUUCAGUUGGGAAGUGAAGUAGAGAGGCAAGAUGGCACACAGGCAGAAGGAUCAGCAAAUGGUACUCAUGUUGACUCAUCACUCACUGACUCACUCAGAGAAACUCCCAGUUAUGAACGCUCCAUUCAUGGUACUUUUCCAAACGGUGAUCCUGCAUCUGUUCCUCAUGGAGCAGUCUAUUAUCCAGUUAUUUCAGAUCCAUAUGCACCAUCACCUUUGCCGGGUUUUGAUUCCUGCAUUCCUGUUAUGCCAGAUUAUCCUUAUGUUCCUCCAUGGCAUCCAGUUGGUACAGCAUAUGGUGGUUCUUCUCCUGUUCAUGGAGCUAUGAAUACUGGACCAGUUGGCUAUAUUGCUUCUCCUCCCUCAGUUUCUCAUUACUUACCUCAAAAUAUGUAAAAUUCAGCAGUAUGAAUUAUUCUUGUACUGCCAUUUUUUGAUGCUUUGAUUUUUAAAAUGUGUUUUAUGUUGGAGUUUAAGUGAUUUAGGUUGUUAGAGUGUUUACUAUCAUAUCUUUAAGAUUAUUUUAUCUUUUGAUUUAAAUAGUGCAUUAAAGGAAUAUUUGGACUGUAAACAAGGAAAUAAGGAUGGAUGUACAACUAGCCCCAUUCUUCAUUCUAUUCAGCUAUUUUUCUGUCAAUUAACUUGUCAGCUUUGUAUUCACUGAAGGUACCUAUUGAUAAAAAGAGUAGGUACACUCUUUCCUAGGUUCAAGUAUAUACAUUAAAAAUUGGAAUGACUUUCACCAGUUUAUGUAAAAUAAUACACAAAACCACCAGCCUUUUGCUCCUGAGUCUUGCAUAAAUGAGACAAAUUGUCAAAUUUCUUUAAAAAUUAUCUGAACUGAGUUGCCUUCUAUAAUUAUUAGUUUUGA